CAGCAUGCUGCCUGCGACUUUCAAACUGUGCGCCGGUAUCUCCUACCGCCACACAAGGAAUAUGACAGGACUGAGGAAGACGGCCAUGGUUGCGAUUAAGCACGAGCUCAGCAGGCUGUCAGGCCCGGGUCCCAGCAGCUGGAUCAGCCAGGUCCGCAGGAGGAGCUCUCUGCUCAGCAGUAGGAUUGAGGAAAAGCCCUACAGUGAAAUGGACAUGUCCUACAUCAAGCAAGGGGAGGAGGCCCUGCAGAAGUCCAUCAGCAUCCUCAGUGACCAGGAUGGCUGGCAGACAGAGAUCGUGGCAGCAAAUGGAGACAAGGUCCUGAGCAAAGUGCUGCCGGACAUUGGGAAGGUGUUCAAGCUUGAGGUGUUGCUAGACCAGCCACCUGACAAUCUGUAUGGAGAACUGGUGGACAACAUGGAACAAAUGGGCGAGUGGAACCCCAACGUGAAGCAAGUGAAGAUUCUCCAGAAGAUCGGCCAGGACACCAUGGUCACCCACGAGAUGGCGGCGGAGACCCCGGGGAACGUGGUUGGGCCGCGGGACUUUGUGAGUGUGCGCUGUGCUAAGCGCAGGGGCUCCACCUGCUUCCUGGCAGGAAUGUCCACACACUACCCAGGCAUGCCAGAACAGAAGGGCGUCGUCCGCGCAGAGAACGGGCCAACAUGCAUUGUUAUGAGACCCAGUACCGAAGACCCCAAUAAAACUAAGUUUACAUGGCUGCUCAGUAUAGAUCUGAAGGGGUGGAUCCCGAAGUCUAUAAUCAACAAAGUACUCUCCCAGACCCAGGUGGAUUUUGCGCAGCACCUGAGACACAGGAUGGAAUCACACAUGCCAAGUUCAGAAGUAAAAGAAAAAACAAAAAAAAAAAAAAAAAUGGGGCCUCGCAUAUGGCUAGUUAUGCACAUAAUAUUUUCCUAUGAUGCAUUAUGUUUUUUUGUUCCAAACAUUGUGACUGGUUCAGAUGUGCACAGGCCAAAUGCAAAAUUCAUUUUUUUUUCCAUCUGAAGUGAUGUGGC